CACACUGAACACACAGCAUAAUCAGCCUGAGUGUUUAAAAGCUGUUUUUUUUUAUUAUCUUGCUAUAUUAAAACAUGGGCGUCUUCUUCUCCAACCUAUUCUCGCGUCUCGUGAAGAAGAAAGACAUGAGGUUGCUUAUGGUUGGUCUGGACGCCGCAGGGAAAACAACAGUGCUCUACAAACUCAAACUCGGGGAAGUUGUCACAACUAUUCCGACUCUAGGUUUUAACGUGGAGACGGUUGAAUAUAGAAACAUCUCGUUCACGGUGUGGGACGUCGGCGGUCAGGACGUCAUCAGACGCCUCUGGAGACAUUACUAUCAGAACACCAAGGGCCUGAUCUUCGUGGUGGACAGCAGCGAUCGUGACCGGAUCGAAACGGCAGCAGAGGAACUGAACGCGAUGCUGGCGGAGGACGAGAUGAGAGACGCGCUUCUGUUGGUUCUCGCUAACAAGCAGGAUUUACCCAAAGCCAUGCCGGUCCACGAGCUGACGGACAGACUGGGUUUACACGCACUGAGAGGAAGACAGUGGUUCGUUCAGGCCACGUGUGCGGUUCAAGGAUCAGGUUUAUAUGAAGGACUGGACUGGCUCUCCGAUCAACUCUCCAGACGAUAAAACACUUAAAGAAGGACACUAAAUCACAACUGAAUGUAUAUAUCAUCAAAACGCUGCAGUGUUUUUGAUUGAAUCGAAUGAGCUAAUGUUCCUGCGAUCCAUCCAUAAACACAGUUUACUAGCUUCUUUUCUAAUUGAAUAAGCUGUUUUGAACAAAUGGUUUGAUUACAAUUCAGUGAAUUAUUUAUAUUAUAUGAAUUAUUUAUAUAUAUAAAAGGGACUUUCCUUCCACCUUCUGGCAGUUAAGUGUCCUAAACUUAUCCUGGCUGAAUUUUAUUCAACUUAAAACACUUAAAGAAAGGACACUAAAUCAGAACUGAAUGUAUAUUUCGACAAAACUUUAUUUUGAAUAUUUAUUAAAUAAUCUCAGCGCUUUCUGUAUUUAAUUGCACCGCUAUAAAUCUAUAUAUAUGGUUUGUUCGUAUGCCUUUCUGAUUUUUUAUUUUUACUUGUUUACAGAAUAAUAUGAUUGCUAUUUCAUGUUUUAUUGAAUAAUCGCACAUUUUACUGUGGUCACAGUGAGAAUUGUAGAAUUUUAUAAAUCCAAAAAACCAAGCGUUUAUGAAACAUUAAAACGCAUUUAUGUUUCUCUGAGAAUGGUUCGAGCACAUUUUUUUGAAAAGAUGACAACAACAGCUAUAUUCCCUUGGUCAGAGUUUAAAGGCGUUACCCGGGCAUGAAAUUAUUGUUCUGUAUAUGCGAGUGAGAAAAAACAAUAUGAUACGAUAAUUGUAUUAUCGAGCAGUCAGUGAUUUCUACUGGAAGGCAGUUUUUAUUUUUGUAUAUUUAUUAAACACAUAAUUAAUCAUGCAACGCUGCAGUGUUUUUGAUUGAAUCGAAUGAGCUAAUGUUCCUGCGAUCCAUCCAUAAACACAGUUUACUAGCUUCUUUUCUAAUUGAAUAAGCUGUUUUGAACAAAUGGUUUGACU